AUGGACACCAAGAAAGUUGUUGAUUUAUCUUCUUGCUUGCUCCUCGAAGACUCUGGCGAUUCUGAGGUUGAUUUUGAUCCUAAUUUACCCUUUAAUAAAGAUCUUGCUGCUGCUGAUGAUGAUGCACAAUCUUGCAGCUGCGAUGUGUCGGAUAAUUUUUAUUCUUGUGUUACUGAUCUCAAUGCCUGUAGUGAAGUUGAACAAGCAUCUGUUCAUCAUGUUGUUGAUGAUUUUAAGGAGGAGGAAGAGAAAGAGGAAGAUCAACAGCUUCAUGGUUAUCAAGAAUGGGCUAAUGGGCAUCUUGGAUUACCAGAGAAUCAGAAAUCAUGUGUUUCUGUAGAGUCGACCAAUGAACCGAUGAAUGAGACGGAGAAGAACAGGCUCUUCUGGGAGACUUGCUUGGCAUCCUGA